UCCCUGAUACAAAGUGAUGGGAAACCAAAGCUGCAGAAUCAGUAACCUUCUCCUACAAGCCCUUGAAGACCUUUUGCAAGACGACUUCAAAAGAUUUAAGGAUGAAUUAUCACAUUCUGACUUUAGGGGAAAGGGCAAAAUCCGUCGAGGGCGGCUGGAGAAUGCUGACAGGAUAGACACCAAGAACCUCCUCAUGGAUUUCUAUGGGGCAGAUGCUGCAGUAGAUGUAACCAUUGAAGUUUUCACUCGGGUCAAUCUCAGGGAUGCCGCUGCCCGACUGCGAGAGGAAAGACAGAAAGCUUUGGGCCCCGAUCAAACCCAUGGAAGACCAGCAAAAGGUUACAGGGAGAAGUACACUGAACACAUACAGGACAAGUAUAGAGUAAUAAAAGACAGGAACUCUCUUCUUGGUGAGAAUAUAAAUCUGAACAGCAGAUACACCAAGCUGAUUAUUGUAAAGGAAACACGUGCCAGAAAGGAAAGAGAACAUGAAAUAAUGGCCUCGGGACAGAGACAUGCAGAAAUCAUGUCUGAGCAAAAGAGAUCCAUCACCAUCAGUGACUUAUUUGCAGCUGAUGAGAAAGGGAAAACUCUGCGAAUUGCUGUGCUGCUGGGAGCUGCAGGGAUAGGGAAAACAUUGACAGCAAAAAAGAUCAUGUUUGACUGGGCGACUGGAAAGCUUUACAACGAGGUAUUUGAUUAUGUUUUCUACAUCAACUGCAGAGAAGUUAACUUUGACACUGAGGAGGGAAGUGUUGCAAAUUUGAUCCUAAGGAAUUGUCCUGAUCAACAUGCACCGAUUGAAGCAAUGUUGGUGGAUCCAGAGAGACUCCUGUUCAUAAUCGAUGGCUUUGAUGAACUGAGAUUUUCCUUGGAUCAGCCAGAAGAGAAUCUGUGCUCUGAUCCCUGGGAGAAGAAACCAAUGGAAAUCGUGCUGAGCAGUUUAGUCCGGAAAAAAGUCCUUGAGAAAUGCUCCUUACUCAUUACUACAAGACCAGCUGCUUUGGAGGAGCUCAGGCAGUGCUUGCACAAUGAGCGCUACGCUGAAAUCCUGGGGUUUUCAGAAACCGAGAGGAGAGAAUACUUUGACAAAUAUUUUGGCAAUAAACGGAAAGCAAGAAAAGCCUUUAAGUUUGUAAAAGAAAAUGAAAUGCUCUUCACCAUGUGCUUUGUCCCCAUUGUCUGUUGGAUCGUCUGCACUGUCAUAAAGCAGCAGAUGGAUGAGGGUGAAGAUCUUGCACAGUCUUCGACAACAGUCACAGGAGUGUACCUGCUCUACCUUUACAAUUUACUGAGGGAUCCAAGAAGCAAGUCAAAGCAACUCCUGCAAACUAACUUGAAAGGACUUUGCUCCUUGGCUGCAGAUGGGGUCUGCAGGCAGAAAAUCCUGUUUAGGGCAGAAGAGCUGAAGAAGCACGGCUUAGACACAUCUGACUCCCUCUUUCUGAAUGAGAACCUCUUUCAAAAAAGCACUGACUGUGAACGACUUUACAGCUUCAUCCACUUGUCUUUUCAAGAGUUUUUUGCAGCUUUGUUUUAUAUUCUGGAAGAAGAAGCUGCAGCAGUAGGCGAAGGCUCUGGAAAUGACAUAAAAGCUUUGACAGCUUUGUUAGCCGACUAUGGGAAAUCUAGAAAUCAUUUAAUGUUAACAGUGAGAUUUCUGUUUGGUUUCUUAAAGGAAGAGCGAAUGAAGGACAUUGAGAAAAACCUGAGCUGCAAAAUGUCAUUGAAAAUUAAACCAGAAUUACUGAAAUGGAUUAAAACAAAGCCUCAAACAUCUCCCUUGUCUUUGGGAUCUCAUGGGCAGAGGUCAGGUUUUGGACCUAAGGUUGAAGCACUUUACCAGCUUGAGGAAUUUCACUGUUUGUAUGAAAUUCAAGACGAAAAUUUUGUGCAAAGUGCACUGAGUCAUUUAACAGCUGUGAAUUUAAGUUUUCAUAGAUUUACCCAAAUGGAUCAAGAGGCACUUUCAUUUUGCUUAAAAGACUGCCAGAACCUAGAAUCACUUCUUCUAGAAUCCUGUGAAUUCAGAUACGAAGAUGUUUCAAGAUCCCAAAAGCAGCCAGCUCUGAAACAGGAGAGUCACUCACCUAUUUGCCUGCUGUGCCAAGCACUGAAAGACCCAUGUUGUAAAGUGAAAAAACUAUGGCUGUCACGCUGCCGUCUCACAGCCGCCUGCUGUAGGGAUCUUGCUGCUGUUCUCGGCACCAGCCGCAGCCUGACACAUCUGGACCUAAGUGGUAAUGGUGGUCUGGGGGCUGGCGGCGUGCAGCUGCUGUGCAAGGGACUGAGACAUCCCAGCUGCAAGUUGCAGACGCUGCGGUUGCAGUGGUGCUAUCUCCCAGCCACCUGCUGUGGGGAUCUCGCCGCUGCUCUCAGCACCAGCCCCAGCCUGACGGAGCUGGACCUGAGUGAGAAUGAUCUGGGGGCUGGCAGCAUGCGGCUGCUGUGUGAGGGGCUGAGACAUCCCAGCUGCAGGUUACAAACACUGCGGUUGUGGCGUUGCCGUCUGACAGCCGCCUGCUGUGGGGAUCUUGCUGAAACUCUCAGCACCAGCCCCAGCCUGACACAGCUGGACCUGUGUGGUAAUGAUGGUCUGGGGGAUGGCGGCGUGCGGCUGCUGUGCGAGGGACUGAGACAUCCCAGCUGCAAGUUACAGACACUGCGGUUCUGGCGUUGCCGUCUCACAGCUGCCUGCUGUGGGGAUCUCGCUGCUGCUCUCAGCACCAGCCCCAGCCUAACACUGCUGGACCUGAGUGGUAAUUAUGGUUUGAAGGAUGGCGGCGUGCAGCUGCUGUGCCAGGGACUGAGACACCCCAGCUGCAAGUUGCAGACAUUGUGGUUGCAAAGUUGCCAUCUCACAGAUGCCUGCUCUGAGGACCUUGCUGCCACUCUCAGCACCAGCCCCAGCCUGACAGAGCUGGACCUGAGUUAUAAUAAAGAUCUGGAGGACGGUGGCGUGCGGCUGCUGUGUGAGGGACUGAGACAUGACAGCUGCAAGUUGCAGACACUGGGGUUGAGCCUUCACAAACUAAAUUCAGAAACAAAGCAAGAGCUGGAGGCUGUGAAAGGAAUGAAGCCUGGUCUGGUCAUAGAGGAACUGACAGAGCUUGUUUUUGAUUAAUGAUAAAUCUGCCUGCACUGGCUACCCUACCACUAUCUGGAGAAGAAGGGGAAAGAGGAAAAAGCACCUGCUACCUUUUGUAUGGUCACCCAUCGGACUUGAUGAUCUAUUGAGGUCCCUUCUGACCCUAACGUCUAUGAAUCUAUGAAUCACUGCCAGGGACUCCAGUAGCAGCAGCAGCCACAUACAAGCUGGGUGAAGAUGGUUGGAUCCUGUGGGUCGAGAGAGACUCAUGAGUAGGAGCUGGGUUUGCUCCAUGUUUGAUCUGACCUUGGCUUCAAAGGGGGGCAGGAAGGAGUGACAGCCAGGCUGAGGGGCCCAGGCCUCAGGCAUGUGGAUCUUGGCUCCUGCGGGGUCUGGUUACCUGUUUCUUUCUGCUUCUGUGGGUGGAGAAUAGGCCCCCAAAGCCCCUUUUGGAGCCCAUGGGGAGCUUCCAGUCUGUCACAUAGCUGUCACUGGGAUUUAUGUAUCUUCGACAUGUUUGCCUCCACAGCCACAGAAGAGGUAUCUCUGUCCCCACCAUUGAUUGCAUUUUCCCUGGUGUAUGUUCGUGUCCAUUUUGUUAGAAUCCAAUAAAGAUCCCACAUC